GACGAAUUUGGCAACAGAAUUACGUUCAGACAUGACCUACGAAAUAUUAUUGGAACACCUUCGAAGAUUGUAUACAAUAGAGCAAGCAUAGUUUAAAAGCGUAAAAUGAUAGUAACGACAGGUUAGCUUUUGUGUUUGUUUUCGGUGUUUCGGUGGUAACGAUGGCUAAUUCUCCGACGAGCAUAGAGACGCAAAUAGACAGUUUCUUAGAACAGUUCAAAAGAAGUGCUUCUAAAGCGAUGGAGGAGAGGAUAGAGUGGCCAGAUGGUCCAUCUCCAGGAGCUGUCGUCAAGUCUCGAAGCAGCUGUUUCGCCUUGGAUGCAGCAGUUGAAGCAGAAUGCGACGGCUGCGGCAGCGAAGCGGACGAGGGCAGAGGCGUGGGGGAGUUGCUUCUGCCGCAGUACGCGCUCGCGACCGGGGGCCUGGCGAAGGACCACCGCCCGCUCAUCACGUUCCCCGACAAUAAUAACUUCCAUCUCCUCUCCGCCUCGGAGUACAGGAGGCUGCUUCUCUACCUCACCUCAGUGCCCUCAUUAUUAGAAGCUGACAUGGGCUUCCACAUAAUAAUAGAUCGGAGGAAAGACAGAUGGAAUUCAGUGAAGACAGUACUUUUAAGGGUUUCUGAAUUCUUCCCUGGUGUCAUCCACGCGGUAUACGUGCUGCGACCCGCCAGCUUUCUCCAGAAGGCGCUGUCAGAAGUCAGCAGCAAGCUGUUCAAAGAAGAGUUCAGGUUUCGGGUCCUCGUGUGCUCGUCCAUAGAGGAGCUUUACGAGCAUUUCGAUAAGACGCAGCUGACACCAGACCUGGGGGGAGACCUGCAGUAUUCCCAUUCUGAGUGGAUACAGCAGCGGAUAGCUUUAGAGAAGUUUUCGACGCUAAUGAAAGAGAUCUCAAACAAAUUGGACAAUUUCAUGCACGAAAUUGUCGAUUGCGAUAUGGGUAACGAUCCCUCACAGACCAAAGAACUGCUAGACUCACAAGAAACUAGGUAUAAAGCUUUAAAAACAGAACUGGCGUCAGCUACUGCGCAAGGUGAAGAGUUGUUGACGCAAGUGCGAAAACCAAAUCUUAAUUAUAAUAUAAUAAGUCAUGUUGCUGCUGUUGAGAGGCUUUUGGUGCAACUUGAAGAGACUGAAAAACAAUUUGAUAAUUUUUGGCAAAAACAUUCCAUGAAACUAAACCACUGGUUAAAAUUUAGGACAUUUUUAUUAAACUUUAAACAAAUGCAGGCAACUUUAGACGGUCAUCUAAAGACAGCGUGCGACAUGACCGAAGUGGGGGAGACUGCGAACAGGGUAGAGAACCUCAUUCAGGAGGCGACAGACUUUGAGAAAUUAUGCACCUGUGAUCUUGAAACCGCCAAUGCAGUUAUAGAUGACGGUGAGAGUCUAAUGCAAGACCCGCUAAGUUCAGUUGACCACAUAGAGUCCAAAUGCGAAGAACUGAGACGAACGAGUGCAUUACUAGUCGAUAAAAUACAGAAACGAAAUUUAUUGUUGGCGAAAGCGCGGGAUCUUAUGGACAGGAUAGAUAAGGCAAACCAAUGGUGCGCGACGGGUGUAGAAUUGCUAGCAGGAGAAAAGGGGUUGAUAGCCGUGGACAAACUCCUGGAAGACGCCAAGAGCUUCGGCCUCACCACGCCAGAACAAUUCCGGGAGAUGAUGAUGCAGUCUGCAACACAGGAGACUAGGGCUUUGGUCACACAGGUGGCGCAACGUGUGGAAGACAUGUGGCUGAUGGUGUCGGUGAAGCGGGCGACGCUGCAGCGGGCGGCGGCCAAGCCGGCGCGGCCGGUGCAGUCCGUGCCGCCGCAGAGCGCCUCGCUGCCUGCGCCCGCUGGCAAAGAGAUGGAAACAUCGGGCGGGUCGGAGAGUUCAAGCGAAGACGCGGAGGCGCAGCGGUCUAGACGCGGCCAUGUGCUAGCCGAACUAUUGCAGACUGAGAGGGUGUACGUUCAGGAGCUAGGCUCCAUCCUCACCGGCUACAAAGAAGAGAUAGAGAAGCCGGAGAACCAGCACCUCCUGCCAUCGGCACUGGUGGGGCAGUCAGACGUGCUGUUCGGGAACCUUCACGAACUGUUCACAUUCCACCAGGACGUGUUCCUCAAGGAUCUGGAGCGGUCCAUCUCGGCGACGGAGCUCGUCGCUCUUUGUUUUGUUGAAAAGAGGGAGACGUUUUUCCGCCUAUACAGCUACUACUGCCAGAACAUUCCUCGCUCGGAGCGGCUCAGAGAGACCCUGGUCGACACGCAUCUGUUCCUGCAAGCCUGCCAACUACGACUUGGACACAAAUUGCCUUUGGCCGCUUAUCUCCUGAAACCAGUGCAGAGGAUCACAAAAUAUCAGCUUUUACUGAAGGACCUGAUCCGCUACAGCGAGUGCAACCACUCGAUGACGACGGGUCUGCAGCAGGCGCUGGACUGCAUGCUGGUCGUGCUGAAGUGCGUCAACGACUCCAUGCACCAGAUCGCCAUCACGGGCGUCCCGGUGGAUCUCAGUCAGCAAGGGGAGCUUCUAAUGCAAGGUUCCUUCCUGGUGGUGUCAGAAAACAAGAGAGAUCUCAGACUUAGGAUAAGGCCGCGACGCCGCCAUAUAUUCCUGUAUGAGAAAGCCAUGCUUUUCUGCAAGCCAGCGACGAAGAACAGCCAUAAUAAGGCGACUUAUCACUUUAAACAUGAUCUCCAGAUGUCACAAAUAGGAUUAACAGAAUCAGUAAAAGGCGAUCCUCGGAAAUUCGAAGUGUGGAGACAAGGCAGGCAGGAGGUCCACACGAUAAUAGCGCCCACGGUGGAGAUAAAGCGAGCGUGGGUGGACCGCAUAAAGAGAGUGCUGCUCGAUCAACUGAAGGAGUUGAAAGGGGAGAGAGUACGACAAUACGGAGCUCAGCACAGGACCCUAAUCCAAACUAACUCGUGGGACGUGGCCCCGGGCGUCGCGCCGGCGCGCGCGCCGCUGGCCGCGCCCGCGCCGCGCGCCGCGUCCGUGGAGGCGGGCGACGAGCCGUGCUGGUCCACCGACCCCUCCGACGACGACGACGACGACACGGACCACGCGCCGGCGGUGGGGUGCGCCCUGGUGGCGCUGUCGGACUACACGGCGGUGGGCGCGAGCGAGGUCUCGCUGCGGGAGGGGCAGCACGCCGAGCUGCUGAAGGUCGGCUGUGCCGGGUGGUGGUACGUGCGGCUUGCAGGUGGCAACGGCGAAGGUUGGGCGCCAGCCGCGUACCUCGACCAGCGCAAGACCUCUCGGUCUUCGUCCCGCUCGCACGACCGCUUGCACGACCACUGAGCGCCUCCACAUCGUGCUCAGACCACACUCAACGGCCGCGCCGGUCAGAGCCUGUUCCUGCUGCACUCAGUACGUCAUCCCUGGGGAACUUGUCGUCAGUCUACACUUGCAGAUCCCGUGCCGCGAACGGAGGAAAUAUUCUUAUACUCGCCUGUGUUACGACUGAAUGACUCCAGUGCUUUUAAAGUGCGGCAAAUCCAAAUGCAACUUAAAAUCCUUACAACUACGCAAACUGUUUACUUAACUUCAGUAAUAAAAUUGAUUCUACAAGUUAAUGAUUCAGUGUUGCCAUUAGAAUGGGCUAUUAUUAUUGUCGUGACUUAUUGGACAUUUCUUUGGACCUUCAAGUGUUGAUACUUGGUGAGGGAAUUAUUGUCCAUUGAACGUAACUUGUUUUUUUAUUGUAUCUACAAUGAACGCAAAUCGUAAGAUGAUAUUAUAAUAAUACCUUACAAAGUGACGCUUGUUAACAAAAAUUGUUGAUUGAAAUAAUAUUAUGUAGAAAACUCGAAGAGUGUACUUAUUCUAAGGUUGUGUUAGUAAGAAAUUAAACUGUUACAAUCAACUGGGUAUAUUAAAUGAUGAUUCUGAUUGACACAUAACAUGAAAAUUUAAACACAUUACUAUUUAUGUUUCAACGCAAUGAUUUUUUUUAACUAAGUUUUUAGACAAUGAUAGUAGAGACGAAUUCAUUUAUGAUCAUUACGAUCAAAUCAAAAGGACCAGUGUUCAACCCAAAAAAUCAAAUGCAAUGAACGAGAUAUAUGUUUCUCUUUAGUUGUGUACAAGUAAUCACAACUGCAUAAUAAUAGUUACAUGUGUACCGUCACCUUCCAAGCAGAGACCAAUUAUGAAAUUGAACUCCAGAAUUAUUGAUUUAUUUGUUUGAUAACUGCUUCUACGAUGAUAAAUAAUUAUUUUUUGUCUUGUUAGUUGCAUGCUUAGAUAAUCUAAAUCAUUUACAAUAUUACGCAGUUGAUUUCAUAUUUUGCCCGUGUUAAGCAGCUCGGAAUAAUAAAUCUAUCUUUAACUCUGAAUUCUUAUAUCUACCCUCAUAUCGAACAAUAAAUCUUGUUAUUGUAUGUAAAUGUUGUCUAAAAGCUUUAUUGUAAAUUAGUGUUAAUGUAGCUGGUUAUCGUUGCGAAGUUAUAAUCCGGAAUCCGGAACCCACAUAGAUAAGGUAAGUAAGACUAUUACGGGGCGCGGACGUCGUUUACGUCCUUUUAAGAGAAACGCGAAUGGUCAGCGUGAGGAUUCGACACUUUCGAUGCAGUUUUGUGAGCCGUAUCUUUAAGCCUGUGGGAUCCAGUCUGCAAAACAAAAAUGUACCAAUAGUUCGUCGAUAUAGUUUAGUCUCAGCGGGCAAGUUUUUCACAUACUAUUCAGAGAGAUAUAGAGAUUCGAACUAUUCCACCCAGACUUACAGACCUUAUCGACAUCAUUGACACAUGUAUUUUAAAGACAUUUGGGACUCGCAUGCACAACCGAACAAGAAUCUUCAAACGACUGCGCCCCUUUUUCGUCUUGGUAAAUUUUUUCUGUGUGGCUUACGUCUAAGAGCCCCCCACACUUGGCGUCUUUCGAGCAUCUGCGCCUCGACGUAGCGGUAUGUGAAAGGCGCCAAGUAUGAAGGGGCCCUAAGGUAGAUAAGACUCCAAAGCUUUAGAGGCGUAGAGAGAGUAGCCGCCACUGCUCAUGUUUUGUACAUACAUUAUUUAAUUAUAGUUAUUUAUUUCGAUGCUGGACGUGCUUUCGGUGUUAAUGUUACACGUCACAAUUUUCCAUGACAGAUACUGUGGGUAAUGUUUAUCCAAUGAGGCAAAACACUAGUUACCAUUUUUUCAUACAAGUUCCAAGUAAAACCUCUUGUUUCACCGAAUAUCGAUAACUAUAGAGUAAAAUUGUAUUUAAAUAUACUUUGUACCUACCUAACUAGGUAUUAAUUGAUAAGAUAUGAAAGUGGAUUCAGACGUUCAAAAGUUAUUAAGCGGGCGAAAGUCAGGGUCUUUUUUUAUAGCUCUGGCAAAGAACUUUAUUGAUUACUUUGUGUUGCCCGCGACUUCGUUUGCCAUAAGAAUCCACUUACAGUUAAUCUCAAUUCAUAAAACCGACCCCUUGUUUUCCCCUAAGUGGAGUGAGGGCGGGGGGGAGAGAAUUUUUUGUUUACCAGUUUAAAAGUUGGACUAAGCCUAAUAUAUCUAAGAAAAUUUAAAUCGGAGAAAGGUUUUUUUUUUUCGAUUAAACCAAGCGUUUUUGUAUAAAGAAAUGGUUGCUGGUGUUUCGAAUUAAGCGUAGGGACCUGUGAUUAUUCGUCAUUCUGUGGUAAAAUUUUGUAAAUUUUAUUGCUCUAUGAGCUUAUUUUAUCAUGCAUGAAUGGAUUUAUUGUAAUGCAGUAAACCUAAGUAUAUUACAACUACAGCCCCCAUAGCCUGGCAAGCACGACGCCGUUUCUAUAGCGCCAAAAAGUAUAGCUGUUUUUUUUUAUUUUGUUGUGAAACGGGACAGCUAUAGUUUCGCGAUAAAAACAGGGUCGCGCGUGCCAUGCUGCUGGUACACUGUUUUAUAGCAUGUCUUUGUAUUAAUGUAUAUUAUAUGUGCAUGCAAUGGAAUAUUAUGUGUCGUUUGCUAGUCGACGUGAAUUAUAAAAUAGUUAUUAAAAAUCGAUAUCGAUCAAAUCAUUUACGGAACAUAUCAUGAUAAAUUUUCAUCUCAUGUUUUUUUUUUGGUUUAUGUAAGUUUCAUCGUUUCUCGUUCCACAGUACCUGUUACUCAUUGUAUAAAGUGUAUUAUUGUUUUCCAUCAAAUUUUGUAUAAAAUAAGUUCAUUUUGACAUGACCACAAUUACACAAAAAAUCCAUUAAUUUGUGUUUUAUUUUUCUCAUCUAACAUGUUUUGUAUCAUUUAGUUGACUUAUUUUAGGUGACCUAUCGAUAUUUUAUUAGAUGCAAUUAAUUUGUAUCAUUUUACUUUUCACUAAUUAAACAUUUGGACGUCACGACUAUAAAGGCAGAUUCUUAUCUGUAUCACCUGGGUCACACAGACACUAUUAAAAAAUAACGAAAGUUUAUUUUAUUGUAGGCUCAGCUGUUUGUUGGUUUUAAAACUCGGGGUCCGAAGCUAUGGAGAUUCCACCUUAUAUAAUGCGAAUAUUAUAAUUAUACAUGCGAAAUUUAUAACCUCAAAUAAUUGUAAAAGUUAGAUGAAUGCAUGUAUUCAAAGAUCACCGGUUACAUUGAGUGACUCGGGGCUACUUAUAAAGCGAAAUAUACACAUGCCUAUCUGAGCAUUACCUUUUAUCACAAGAUAGUUAAUUAAUUCUUUUACUGUUAUUAUUUUAUUUGAUAUAAAUUCAGAUAAACUCAACCUUAAAGGUUAAUGGCUAAGGGACAUAAUAUUUAAUUGGUGCGAUUUUAUAUUACACGUUGUGUACCUGAUCUCUCGUCUAUGUACUGUAGUUAUUUGAUAAACUUAUUGUUAACUAAAUUUUACAACUACCUAUUCACCUCACCCUAUAGUGUAGAAAUUAGUGUAGUAAGCAAUGUAGAAAUAAAUCUAAUCCUCUUGUUCACUACCUCGAUACUGUAUUCAUACAUACAUAUAGUUACGUCUAUACCCCUUGCGGAGUAGACAGAGCCAAUAGUCUUGGAAAGAUUGAAAAGCCACAUUCACCUGUAUGGCUUAAUGGUGGAAUUGAGAUUCAACCAGUGACAGAUUGCUAGCCCAUCGCCUAUAAGAGGAAUACCUCAAAUAACCUAAGACAAAGACUGUAAACCUCAAGUUCACUACCUCGAUACUGUGUUGAAAGUACUGAAUUUGUUGUAAAAAAUAAUAUUAAAUUCACUUCUACCAUGUAAUAAGCUUGGGAUUCUUCUUUUAGGCGAUGGGCUAGCAAUCUGUCACUAUUAGAAUCUCAAUUCUAACAUUAAGCCGCACAACUAAGCGUAGUCUGUCGGUCUUACGAGACUGUUGGCUCUUGUCUACCACGCGGGGGAUAAAGACGUGAUUGUAUGUAUGUUUUAUAAUAAGAUGUUCUCGUAUAGUAAAAAUAAGGCAUAUAUAUCAAAAUUGCCCAUAGCAUAGUAAAUCUGAUUACAUGAUUGUCAAAAAGAUGAUGCAGAAAUCCGAAAAUAUAUCCAAAUAUAAUAAUCGAAUCUCUUCUUGCAAAACCUUUAGAAUUAAUUUGGAGUGAAACGUGUAUAACUUUGCCUUUAUUCGAGCUUAUAAAAAGAUCUACU